AUUGGAGGCCAGCUUUCGUGGGGGCGGGCACAGCUGGGAGGCGGAAGCAGCCGCUGGCAUGGCGGCGGCCUUGCCGCUUGCUGUGCUCGUGCUGCUUCUCCUGGGGCCGGUGGGCAGGGGCCAUGCAGAGCCCCCACGCGACACUCUGCGGGAGGAGCUCGUUAUCACCCCGCUGCCUUCUGGGGACGUAGCCGCCACAUUCCAGUUCCGCACGCGCUGGGAUUCGGACCUGCAGCGGGAAGAAGUGUCUCAUUAUAGGCUAUUUCCCAAAGCCCUGGGGCAGUUGAUCUCCAAGUAUUCUCUACGAGAGCUGCACUUGUCAUUCACGCAAGGCUUCUGGAGGACUCGAUACUGGGGGCCACCUUUCCUGCAGGCCCCAUCAGGUGCAGAGCUCUGGGUCUGGUUCCAAGACUCCGUCACUGACGUGGAUAAAUCUUGGACGGAGCUCAGUAAUGUCCUCUCGGGGAUCUUCUGCGCCUCUCUGAACUUCAUCGACUCUACCAACACGGUCACUCCCACUGCCUCCUUCAAACCCCUGGGGCUGGCCAAUGGCACUGAUCAUUCUUUCCUGCGCUACGCUGUGUUGCCACGAGAGGUCGUCUGCACGGAGAACCUCACCCCAUGGAAGAAGCUCUUGCCCUGUAGCUCCAAGGCAGGCCUGUCUGUGCUGCUGAAGGCCGAUCGCUUAUUCCACACCAGCUACCACUCCCAGGCAGUGCAUAUCCGUCCUGUGUGCAGAAACGCGCGCUGUACCAGCAUCUCUUGGGAGCUGAGGCAGACCCUUUCCGUGGUAUACGAUGCCUUCGUCACAGCACAGGGGAAGAAAGACUGGUCCCUCUUCCGGAUGUUCUCCCGAACCCUUACAGAGCCCUGUCCCCUGGCUUCAGAGAGCCGAGUCUAUGUGGACAUCACCAGCUACAACCAGGACAAUGAGACGUUGGAGGUGAACCCGCCCCCAACCACCACAUACCAGGACGUCACCCUCGGUACCCGGAAGACCUAUGCCGUCUAUGACUUGCUUGACACGGCCGUGAUCAACAACUCCCGUAACCUCAACCUCCAGCUCAAGUGGAAGAGCCCUCCUGAGAAUGAGGCCCCUCCGGCACCCUUCCUGCACGCCCAGCGAUAUGUGAGUGGCUACGGGCUGCAGAACGGAGAGCUGAGCACGCUGCUGUACAACACCCACCCGUACCGGGCCUUCCCCGUGCUGCUGCUGGACACUGUGCCCUGGUACCUGAGGCUCUACGUGCACACCCUCACCAUCACCUCCAAGGGCAAGGAGAACAAACCGAGUUACGUCCACUACCAGCCUGCGCAGGACCGGCUGCAGCCGCACCUCCUGGAGAUGCUGAUCCAGCUGCCAGCCAACUCGGCCACCAAGGUCUCCAUUCAGUUUGAGCGGGCGCUGCUCAAGUGGACCGAGUACACCCCAGACCCCAACCACGGCUUCUACGUCAGCCCAUCUGUCCUCAGUGCCCUCGUGCCUAGCGUGGUGGCAGCCAAGCCCGUGGACUGGGAGGAGAGCCCCCUCUUCAAGUCCCUGUACCCAGUGUCGGACAGCUCUAGCUAUUUCGUGCGCCUCUACACGGAGCCGCUGCUGGUGAACCUGCCCACGCCGGACUUCAGCAUGCCCUACAAUGUCAUCUGCCUCACGUGCACAGUGGUCGCCGUGUGCUAUGGCUCCUUCUACAAUCUCCUCACCCGAACCUUCCACAUUGAGGAGCCCAGCACGGGCGGCCUGGCCAAGCGGCUGGCCAACCUUAUCCGGCGUGCCCGUGGUGUCCCCCCGCUCUGAGAUUUGCCUCCACAGCGGGGCUGCUAUUUCUCUCUGGGGAGGGCUGGUGGUGACUCCAAGGGCUCUUUCUGCCACUCGCUCUCUUCAGAGUUGGCUUUUAAACCAAAUUGCCCCUGGACAAGGCCAGGGCUUAGAUGCGCUCUCCAGUUCAGGAGCCAUGAGCCAGAUGUGGCAUUUGAAUUUCAAUUCAUUUAAAUUAAAAAUUCAUUUCCUCUGCUGUCCUGGCCAUGUUUCGAGUGCUCAGUAACCAAAAGUGGUUCGUGGCUGCUGUCCUGGACAGUGCAGACAAACGUUUCCAUCACUGCAGAAAGUUCUAGGACAGGGCUGACCUAGAUAUGCUGAGGAGCUUGCAUCACCGCAUGGUAGCUGGAACUUUCUGGUUGUGGCAUAAAAAGUGGCUUCCUUGGUUCUUUGCCUCCUGUUCGUGAGGCCCAGGAAGAGGGGGCUGGGGCCUGUUUCCUGGGCACCUGCAUAAGACUUCCUACACUGCCUCCCAAAACCCCGACAAACAAAGCUCCUCUGUCUCCUGCUAAGAAUUCCCUCUUCUCUCUUGCUUCCCCCUCAUUGGUGAUUCCCAGAACUCCCUGGGUUUGGCCAGGAGUAUUUAUAGAAGUGUAUCCAUGACCAUGACUAUGAACCAUCCUCUACCUUUCAGGAGCCCUGAGAACCAGUCCCCUAUCACCAGGGGUAGAGCUGGAGAGGGGGAAGAGCUCCAUGUGUUGGUUUUCUAACUGUGUGGUGCAUUGGAAUCACCUGAGAUGCUUGUGAAAAUAAUGCAGAUUCCUGGAGUCCAGACCCUGUGAAUUCAGUCCGUCUGAGUGUAGCCCAGCCUUGGAAUUUCUGUCAGGCUCUUCAUGAGCUUUUGUUAAGGGUGGUCCUUAGACCUCUUACACAGGCUUUGAAGCCAGGUCCAUUGGAUCGAGGCCUGCCCCUGUCCACCUCCCUUUCUGCUUAUAUGACCCUGGAUUUCUGUACCAGGUCCUUAGGCAGAUGCCCCUCCCCACCCCCAUCUUCUGUCCCUGCCUCUGGCACACUUGGCAUUAACUGUGUAAGUAUUUGCAGUCUGCUCAUCCCUUCCCCAGCUCUCCCAUCAUAGCAGUGUGGCUUAGAAUGCCCUGUUCCCCCAACCACACACUGUCCUCUAUCUACUGCCUGGUUCACUCUUAAAAAAAAAAACCAAACAAGCCAGAGAGUUACUUCCUCCAGGAAGUCUUCCCUGAUACACCAGGCUGCUGUAGGUGCCCCUUCCCGCUGUUCCCAGAGCUCCCUGGACUUAACCUUUACAGGUUCCUUUCACCCUGGUUGUUCUUCUUCUUUAACUUCCAUUAAACUAUAAGCUCCCUGGAGGCACAGGGGCUGUCUUCCAUCUGGACCUGAUCCAGCUCAGGACAUGAAAGUGCUCCAUCAGUAUGUAUGUAUGACUGGGUGUAGGCUAUUCUGGCCUGGGAUCUGGGGCUCAAGGGUAGGGAUGGGAAGGGCGAGGGGCACCAAGAAACCCUACAAGUAUGCGUGCAGAGUCUUAAGCACAAUAGUACUGGUGAUAUUUGUACAGCCAACAUAGAUGGGGUUGUUAGGUCACCUCUGAGGGUUUUCCAAGAGCUCCCAGAACGUACGAGUGUGGUGUGUAUAGGAAGGAGGUGAUGAGCUCAUCUAGACUGCAGGCAAAAGCAACAUGGUCAAGAUGCCUUCACUUGAGUUUUUCUUCCAAGCAGUGAAUAAACAGGGUGUAGAUGUGAUGAGCAUGUGGGCAGGUAGGUGGAUAUCCAAAGCUCAUGGUCCUGGCGGCCUGCAUGGAGCGGGAUGCCUGCCAAGAAGGGGAGAGAAUGGAGUUGUGGCCCGGCUGUGCUUUAUACCCCCAGCCCAGUCAGCACUCGGAACCAUCUCCGCUGCCACGUCAUACGUAAUCCAUGCACUGACAACACCAUGUCUCUCGUGCUCGUCCCAGAAUUCCAGAUUGAUUCACCCAACUGCCUACCUGCCGGCUGCACUUGGACAUCUAAAGGCACCUUAGAUUUAAUAUCUCCAAAACCAAGCAUCCCCAUACUCUCUCCCACUACCCCCAACACACGCAGCCGUGGUCGGCCCAUCUUCCCGGUCGCCCAGGCCAAAAACCCUGGAGCCAUCCUUGAUGCUUUGCUCACAUGUCAUGCAUGCUCUGUUAAUGACUCUGCUCUACCUUCAAAGUAAAUCCAGAAGCCAGCUCCUUUUUCCACCCCCACUAUUGUGCUAUCUAUGGAUGAGGUCUUCCUGGUCACACCUGUUUAAAUUGCUGCCCCCAGCUACGAGCUCCCUCCUUUGCCCUUGUCUUUUCCUCUGUGACUCUCACCACCAUCAACGUGCAACCUGUCUUACUUAUCUUGUUUAUUAAUUAUUAAGCUCCAUAAGGACGAGGACUUUUGCCUUUUGUGGCUUCAGUGCCUGGAACAGAGCCUGGCAUGUGGUUUGCAUUCCAGUAAUUGUUGAGUGAAAAUGAGUUCAUGAGUGUAUGAAUAUCACACAGUAAUUUGACUGCUAAGCAAGCCAGGUCACCCAAACAUCUGGAUUCUGAGCCUUGAAAUUCUUGCUAUGCCAGCACCAGGACCAUCUAACCUUGUCCGUGCACUCAGGGCCUGGGCAUUUCCGGUUAUGCUCAGUCGGGGGUCCUCAAGUGUAAGCCUGGCGAUGGCCUUCUCCAAGAGGGUUGCCCCAGAGCAGUGGCAUCUGGGGGGAAGGGCCAGAGGUGCUGAAGGCCAGGUUAGUCAGGGCCCCAGGGCACUGUGAGGUCUGCUUUCCCCUCGAAUGGCUCGGGCUGUCUGGUGGAGCUGCCCUGGGCAUAGCACUGGGGGGAGAGAGGGGAACUUCUGUUCUCUGAGGGCUCCCCUGGGAAAAGCAGUGAGUGAGUGAGUGAGUAGAUGAAGGAGAUUUGCAGAAGCAGAAUUGCCCUGAAGAACUAGUCUCCUUCCAGGUCUUCCUUCAACACCAGGCACAGUUCCUCAUGACCAACUAUUACUGUUAUUCACCAUCACUCUGCGUGCCUAUUAGGAUACCUCAGAGACACGGCACGGCCAAUCCUCUCUGAAGAAGGCUGAGAGACAGCUGGCUUGGGGUUCAGGCAGGCUUGGCAAUGGCUGUCCUGGUGCAUUUAGAGGGCUCAGGGAGGAGCAGUGGGGCACCCAGAUCCCGACCUCCCAACCCCCAGUGACCAGGAUCUGGAGAGGUGGCUGGGGGGCCUCAGCUUUCUGGACCCGCAGUGGGACAGGCGUGUUGUUCUCACAUUGAGAAGUGGCGCCCCUGCCCUGAGCUAGGGGUGCUGGGAAUCGGGAGAGGGAGGCAAAGUCAACCAGCCUUGCAUUUUCCGGCUUCCCUGCCUCAGCUCAUGCUCCGACUCUGUCCCGGACCUAGAGCUCUUUCCGUGAAGCCUUUUCUGACCAUUCUCACUUCCACACUGAGGCUGUAUGCUCAUUCACUCAUUCAUUUACUCACCCAACCUCUGAUCUGUCUGUCUGGCACUUCUAUUAUCCAUCUGUCUACUCAUUCAGCAAAUGCGUGUCGGGUAUCUGCCCUGUGCCCAGUACUGCUCUAGGCACUAGUGAAUAAGAAAGCAAAUGCUUGCCUUGUGGUGCUUAACAGUUUAGCCAGGGAGACAAAGUAUAUAGUGUAAGCCCAGGUAGCACUAUGUCCUUGGAGAAAAGGAAAGCAGUGGGAACAUGAAAUGGAUGGUCAAGACCUCUAACAAGGUGAUGAAUGAUCAGGAACCCAAGCAAAAUGAAGGAGAAAAUAACACGAAAUCCAAUGGAAGAACAAGUGCAAACAUCCUGUAGCAAGAGCUUACUUAGUGUGUUUGCAAAACAAGAAAGUCGCAGUAGCUAGAGCUGGGGAUAGGGGGUGACGGGAUGAGUUUGGACAGGUUGGCAGGGGCCAGGAGGAAGAGGGCCCUGGAGGCGAGGUUUUAUUCCACAUGUGAUGGGAAGCUGAGGAGUAAUGGAAUCGGAUUUGCAUUUGUUUAUCUGCUUAUGUACUUUUUUUGGCCUUCUGAUGCACAUUCAGUUGAUAGUUCUUGCUUCAUGAUACUCUCACCAUUGGUCCAUGCGUGGUCCUUUUUGUGUAUUAUUUACAUACAUAUGCAUGUAUUUUGGUGCAGUAAGGACCCCUGAACCUACCGUCCGACAGGAAAACUAGCACAUGAUAGUAGAGAAUUUGAUGUUUAAGAGAACACUCUGGCUGCUGUGUGAACAGACUGUAGGAGGUAAGAAUGGACACUGGGAGGCCAGUGAGGAGGUGAGAGAGUAUCAGGAAGGGCAGACUGGGGUGAUCGCAGCAGAGGGGGAGAAAUGGAUUGAGUUUGGGAUACGUUCUGCUGGAAGAGCCCUGGGACAGACUAUUGGAUUGGGUGUGGGUUGGAUUCUACUAACCCACGCAUUCAAGAAUUAAGUCACAAAUUAUUGAUUCAUUCAAUGCUUGCUGGUAACUCCUUACUAUAUGAUAAGUCGUUUACAAAACAUACAUUCCACAUUGUCCCUGCCCUGCUCACAGCGCAGAGGCAGAGAUAAAUAAACACACUUAAAACAC